AUGGCCAACGGAUUCACCCAUUUAUUGGUAGCAGUCGACAAAUUCACCAAGUGGAUGGAAGUGAAACCUAUAAAGAAGUUGGACUCGGUGACAACGAUCAAGUUCAUCAAGGAGGUAAUCUUGAGAUUUGGAGUUCCCCAUAGCAUUAUGACCGACAACGGGUCGAACUUCGACUCGGACCAGUUCCGGGAUUUAUGCUAUACUCAGGGCACUCGGGUCGAUUACGCCUUCAUGGCUCACACGCGGUCGGAUGGACAAGCAGAACAGGCGAAUGGAAUGAUCCUCCAAGGACUGAAGCCACGCCUCAUGCGCGACUUGGAGCACGCUACAAGAGCGUGGGUCACCGAGUUGCCUUCGGUCCUUCAGGGCUUGCAGACGAGUCCUAACCGAUCCACGAAUUGCACUCCUUUCUUCAUGGUGUACGGCGCGAAAGCUAUUCUCCUGAGUAACUUCCUCCACAAUUCCCCCGAGUGGAAUUAUAUUCAGAGGCAGAAGUUGAAGAAGCAUGUCAAGAUGGUCUCAACCUCCUUGGGGAAGAACGAAAGUUGGCACUCAUCUGAUCUACUACCUACCAGCAGGACCUACGGCGAUACCACGAGAGGCAAGUGA